AUGUCAACCGGUCUCGGUUCAGAAAUUGUCUCUGUUAUCAACAAACUGCAAGACGUAUUCUCGGCCGUUGGUUCCUCAGCAUCCCAAAUAGACCUACCACAGAUUUGCGUGCUUGGAAGUCAAAGUAGUGGUAAGAGUAGUGUACUUGAGAACAUCGUUGGAAGAGAUUUCCUUCCUCGUGGCACUGGUAUCGUGACACGGCGACCACUAGUCCUUCAACUCAUCAAUCGUCCCGCAACUGCGCCGCAAGCGAAUGGAACAACAAAUGCACAAUUAAAUGGCAGUGAUAAGCAAGCGAACGAAUCGGAGUGGGGUGAAUUCCUGCACCUUCCUGGCGAAAAGUUUUAUGACUUCAACAAAAUCCGUACCGAAAUUGUUCGAGAUACAGAAGCUAAGACUGGCCGCAAUGCAGGCAUCUCACCACAACCCAUCAACCUGCGUAUAUUCUCUCCCAAUGUCCUUACUCUCACUCUCGUCGACUUGCCCGGUCUAACCAAAGUCCCUGUCGGAGACCAACCCAAAGAUAUCGAAAAGCAAAUCAAGGACAUGCUUGUCAAGUAUAUCUCGCGGCCAGCAUGUAUCAUCUUGGCUGUCACCGCUGCCAAUACAGACUUGGCAAACUCCGAUGGUUUGAAGUUAGCUCGGGAGGUUGACCCAGAAGGAACGAGAACAAUUGGUGUUUUGACCAAGGUCGACCUUAUGGAUCAAGGAACGGACGUUGUGGACAUCCUUGCAGGGCGCGUCAUUCCGUUACGUUUGGGAUACGUGCCAGUGGUAAACCGAGGGCAACGCGACAUUGACACAUCCAAGUCAAUCAGUGCUGCAUUGGAUGCAGAGCGCAGCUUCUUCGAGUUGCACCCUUCAUACAAAGGGAAAGCCCAAUAUUGCGGAACACCUUUCCUUGCCCGUAAGCUCAACUUGAUUCUCAUGCAACACAUUCGUGCCACUCUGCCCGACAUCAAAGCUCGUAUAAGCCAGCAGCUUCAAAAAUUCACUGCCGAGCUGGCUACCUUGGGCGGUCCUUUGGGUGAUGCAUCCUCUGGCAACAUAGUCCUUUCGGUCAUUACGGAGUUCACAAAUGAAUUCAGAACAGUCAUUGACGGUAACACCAACGACCUCUCGCUGAAUGAAUUGAGCGGUGGUGCACGAAUCAGCUUCGUCUUCCACGAGCUGUUCAAUAAUGGUGUGAAGAGUAUCGACCCUUUCGAUCAGGUCAAAGAUGGGGAUAUCCGAACUAUCUUGUACAAUUCUUCGGGUCAAACACCAUCACUUUUUGUUGGCACGCAAGCCUUUGAAAUCAUUGUCAAGCAACAGAUCAAGCGACUGGAAGAGCCGAGUGUUAAAUGCUGUCAGCUUGUAUAUGACGAACUCAUUCGUAUUCUCGGACAACUGCUACAGAAAAUCCAAGCCUUCAGACGUUUCCCUGCGCUCCGGGAGCGCUUCAACUCCGUUGUAAUUAAUUUCUUCAAGACUGCGAUGAAUCCCACUACGAAGCUUGUAAUGGACAUGGUUUCGAUGCAAGCAUGUUAUGUCAACACGACUCAUCCCGACUUCCUUAACGGACACAGGGCUAUGUCAAUAGUUCAAGAUAGAUUGAACGUCAACAAGCCUCCAACCCCAGUCCCAGACGCCAAGUCAGGGAAGCUUGCCCCGGGUCAAAUCAACAAUAACCGUGACUUGGAUGUUGAUAUCAAGAAGGAAGAGCCGAGUUUCUUUGGCUCAUUCUUCUCGUCUGCCAAGAAGGGGCAGCCUAAGAAGGCCGGUCCCAUCAUGGAAGCGCCUCCAGCAGUGAUUAGACCCCUGUCCGCUCUCAGUGAGAGGGAAACAAUGGAAACCGAUGUUAUCAAGCUACUGAUCCAUUCGUAUUUCAACAUCGUCAAACGCGAAAUGAUCGACAUGGUUCCAAAGGCUAUUGUGCUAACGCUUGUCAAUCACUCGAAAGAGAACUUGCAACGCGAGCUUCUCCAAGAGUUGUAUAAACCUGAAGUGCUCGAUGACUUGAUGAAGGAGAGUGACUUUGUUGUCAAUCGCCGGAAGGAGGUUGUUAGCAUGGUUACAGCACUGAACAAGGCUGAAGAGAUCGUUGCUGGGGUUUAG